CUGGAGAGACAACAUGGCAGGAACCAGUCUCAGCCGCUUCUACAAGCAGAUCAAAAGACAUCCAGGGCUCAUCCCAAUGAUCGGCUUCAUUGGCCUGGGCAUGGGCAGCGCUGCUCUUUACUUACUACGACUUGCCCUGCGCAGCCCGGACGUCUGCUGGGACCGAAAGAACAACCCAGAGCCCUGGAACCGCCUCAGCCCCAAUGACCAGUACAAGUUCCUUGCCGUGUCCACUGACUAUAAGAAGCUGAAGAAGGACAGGCCAGACUUCUAAGCCAGCCUGGACUGCAAGUAUGAUGCAAACCACAGCUGACCAGCCAGCCCACUCAUUCCUUCCACUCCUCCCCUCAGACCCCAGGUGUCAGUCUGGCCACCCUGUCCAACUCCUGCUUACCCAGGCUGGUUCCCACGCAGAGGGGAGGCAGCUCUACCCCCACCCUCCUCCCCUGCUCCCAGCAGCAGCAGCAGCAGCAGCAGUAGCAACGGAAGCACCUCUGACCCUUGGCUGGAGUCCCACAGGGAGGAGGAGUCAGGAGGGCAGGCAGCAGCAGGGGUCGAACCGAACUGAAAAGAAACCAGCCCCUCUGCCCUCCUACCCAGGCCUCACAGGGUGUGGACAGGCUACGUGUUGAGCGUGGCUAACGUGAGCCAGCAGGAAGCAGAGGCCUCUGAGUGCCAAGCGACGUGGCGGGACUCACAUUAGCUCAGGCUUUGGGCGCCAGCCCAGGGGAGGCACUGCUCCACUCAGGGCUGUCUAGGGCCACCCAGCCUGCCCAGGUGGGAACACCUAUGCUUCCAGAGAGGGAACUUGCUCUACCCUGCCCAAGGCUACUGCCUCCCACACAGAGGAUGGCACCCCGCUGCCUCACACCUGGGCCUCCCCCUGCCACUCCUCACCCUACCCCUCCCUUGCUCCCGUCUGUCCCCUGGGAUCAAACAGAAGCAGCCGUGGGCAAAAUACAAUUUCAUUUAACAAAUUGAA